AAUGCGGACCUGGAAGGCCGAAAUAGAAAGCAUGUGUUCCAUCAACGGAAGCCGAGGAACCAUAUAUCUCUGGGCAAGCCGUAAAGUAAGUAUAGGCGGAGGCGAGGAACGGGCGUGCCGCUCUCGGUUCUCACAAUUCCUGCAGCUUGCGGUGUUUGACGACUAGCGCUACCUUACAUCCAACCCGUGUUGAGGCAGCAUCAACCACUCUCCCUCACACCGGUGGAUUGCCAAUUAGUGUAAUGGUGGCAGAACGAUCUAGUUCUGCUGGCGGCGAAAAGGUGCACUUGGACAACUCUAUAAACAACUCUGUUUGGCAUGAGUCGACCUUUUUCGAUUCGCAACGUGAAGAUCGCAUGGUCAGUCCAGCCGAACCCGAUGACGACCAAACAGCCCAGUGCAUUGACCGCGAUGGAGCACGACAUUCGACAGUCGCUCAAUACAUGCAGUCCUCCCAAACACCCAGCACAUCCACCUUUGAAACGCCCCUCCUCCCUCCAGAUUCACCUCAGUUGAGACAGACGCCCACACACUCCUUAUCCCACAACACCACCUUGAACUACAUAUCCUCUCCCUUGAACCCCAAUCUCUCCCAUUCCAGACCAGGCUCUCCUUCGACCAAUCCGCGGUUUCGGUCGCAGUCGCGCCAAAGCAUCCAAUUCAACCGUGUCGCUUCGGAGGACUCCCAGGUCCUCACUGCAUCCAACAUAACCUCGCUUCCUGUUGGUCAGCGCGGUUCAAUGAUACUCUAUCGUCUAGCUGCAGAAGACGACCGCGGUGCAUUGACACGACCAAGGCCACUUCCUAACCGGGAUUCGGUCCUCAGUACCUCAGGAGAUUCCAUUUUCUCACUUUCAUACGACAGCAAGUAUCCUUCUGGUACUUGGCAUGCACGUGGCGCUCUCGUACCCUAUGUCUAUGACCCAACCCUUGAUGAGCCAGAAGAUGAUGACCCUCUUGAUGAUCCUAAUGACGACACAUUCCACAGCAAUAACUUCCCUUACAGAGGUGUGCUCAAUGUUGGAGUGCUUCUCCUCCUCAUUUUGGCCCUCCUCAGUCUCUUUAUCAUCUACCCUGUCCUCAGCUAUUACCAAGAUCGCGCACAGAAAGAUGUGAUAACAGGAAAUGUUCUCGUCAAUGGAACCGGUCAGGUCCCGUUUCUAUUCCAAAUGGCCCAACUCAUCGAUCCUGAUACGCCCAGUAGUGCUGCUACCCGGACAGGCUUCGACGGUCUCCCCUACGAGCUAGUCUUCUCGGACGAGUUCAACACACCCAAUCGUACAUUCUGGCCAGGGGAUGAUCCUUUUUGGGAAGCCGCAAACAUCUGGUACUGGAGUACCAACGACCAGGAGUGGUAUGACCCCGCUCAGAUAACAACAAGAGAUGGGUACCUGAGCAUCGUCAUGGACCAGAUCCCCGAGAACGACUUGCCUUACCGGAGUGGUAUGCUCCAGAGUUGGAACAAGUUUUGCUUCACGGGCGGUUAUAUAGAAGUGUCAAUCAGUUUACCAGGCCCAAAUCAGGAGACACAGGGUUAUUGGCCGGGUGCAUGGACAAUGGGUAAUCUUGCACGUCCGGGAUACGGAGCGACUACAGACGGUGUAUGGCCUUACUCCUAUGACUCCUGUGAUGUUGGCACUUUUCCGAACCAGACGGAGCCGGAUGGUUCCGGACCAGCUGCUGCUCUUCAGUCAAAUGCCUCGAAGUCCAAGUACAAUUAUGAGCUAUCAUGGCUGUCGGGACAGCGCCUCUCGUCAUGCACCUGCCCAGGAGAAGACCAUCCCGGGCCAUCCGUGAAUGUCGGCCGUGGUGCCCCAGAAAUCGAUAUUCUCGAGGUCGAGCAUAACAAGCUUGGCGCAGGGCAGGUCGUCUCGCAGUCCGGCCAGUUCGCGCCCUUCUCGCACGACUACAACUACCUCAAUGACACCCAGGAUGAGUGGUAUAUCAACACGCCUGAUAUCACCAAUGCGAAUAGUUAUCGAGGGAGUCCGGUCCAGCAAGCAGUAUCGGCUUUAACACUUCUUUCCGAUAAUAUUUUCCAAGAAUCUGGCGCGCAGUUCACGACACUCGGCUUCGAGUAUUGGUCGGAUCCCUCAAAUCCCUCAGAUGGGUAUAUCACAUGGCAGACCGCCGGCGUCGAGUCCGCGCGUCUUGGUGCUGCAGCCCUCGGGCCCGAUCCUUUGCCAGCUGGCACGGGCGUAUCGCAGCGACUGAUCUCUGUAGAACCAAUGUCCAUCAUCCUCAACUUGGGCAUAUCACCGGAUUGGCAGACGAUUGAUCUAAGCACGAUGAUCUUCCCUGCUGAGAUGCUCGUCGACUACGUUCGUGUGUACCAGCGGAAAGGGCAAACGAAUGUUGGGUGCAGCCCCGCAGACUACCCCACGGAGGACUAUAUCAACCGGCAUAUGGAUUCGUAUAUGAAUCCCAAUCUCACGUCGUGGAAUUAUCCAAGACCAAAAAAUGGCUUGUAUUCCGGCGGGUGCUAGGCCGAGCUGUUUCUUGAUCCGUCCUCCUGAUUCAGCACGACCUAAACUAUUCUAACCUUAUCUGCUCGUGCAACUAUUAUACCAGCCAGGGACUAUUUCACGGUGUCAUCUAUCUUAUACAUUCAUCCAUUACUUACCACACACUCACUCACGCAACUAAACACUCGCU